AUGGCUCCCGAGGACAAAGACCCAUUCGCUAUCAAUCAGCCCGCAUUGACGCAAUCCGGUAAACCACUCUUCCCGGCAAGUCCUAAUCCUUUCCAGAUUCCCCAUCUGCGAUCGCUUCAUUGUUUUCCUGGGCAAUCUUCAAAACCGCACGCGCACGAUCACCUCCCCACAGCGCCAACAAUGCAGGCCGUCCCGGAGUCACGACAACAAACCUUCGAGGAGAUCUACGGACCUCCGGAGAACUUCCUCGAGAUCGAAGCAUGUCCGCAAUCCGCAAACCCACGGCACAUCCCGCAACAUGUACACGUCGUACGAGAUCGUGUGCCGCACCAACAUCCCCGCGUUCAAGCUCAAGCACUCGGUCGUGCGCCGCCGCUACUCCGACUUCGAAUACUUCCGCGACAUCCUCGAGCGCGAGAGCACGCGCGUGACCAUCCCGCCGCUGCCCGGGAAGGUGUUCACGAACCGGUUCAGCGACGAUGUCAUCGAGCAUCGCCGGGAGGGCCUGCAGCGGUUUCUGCAGAUCGUGGCCGGGCAUCCGUUGUUGCAGACGGGGAGUAA